CUAGCAGCGCCACUCGUUCCAAAUCACUUUUAUUUAUUUCAAUGGAAAUAUUUAUGCGGCUGCAGCCUCUACAACGUUCUCUACCCCCAUUGCACAAGCACCUCUCCCUGUCUUUCAUUUAACGCUGGUUUUCGGCAAGCUAAGCUAUAGGUACCUCGCUACACAACUCCGUUGCAAACGGAGAACAAAAGAAUUUGUAGUCACAGCUUUCAACAACAACAAUAACGGUCAGUACAAUGGAAUAAUAAACAACACGCCUUCAACAUGCAACUCAUUUGGAGUAUCCUUUAUCAUGAUCCGCAGCUGAAAAUACAGACUGGACAGGAUCGACAGCCCGUGUAUCUAUCCUCACUUCUACCUCUACCACCACUGGCUGGUUGGUGCUUUCGUCGUCUCUCAUGUUCGCCCGUAUCGCCAGGUUGCGAUUCCUAGCACUCCUUACAUUCUCCUCAUUGACAGCUGCUAGAGAUGACUCUCUGUUCACUUCUUCCGUGACUUAUUGCUCACCACCAGAGACUCUGCUCAUUCAGCAGUUUGACAUCGCAUACUUUGCAAAGAAUCAGUCCAUAUGGUUUAACAUCUCCGCAGCGAGUGUCGAUCCCAACGUCAAUGUGACUGCCAAUGUGAUGCUGAACGUUUAUGGAAUGCAUCCUGUGAACUUCACUAUCGAUUUAUGCUCGUUGUUCAGUGGUGCCCUGUGCCCAUUGCCGAUGUAUAACUUUACCGGUUCCGACUCCAUCCCUAUACCAUCCUCCCUUGGUGUUUCCGACAAAAUCCCCAGCAUCGCUUUCCAAAUUCCGGAUCUUGAGGCAUAUGCACAAUUGUCCCUCACAGAAGUGAACACUGGAGUCCUUAAGGCUUGUGUUCAGGCAACCCUCUCUAAUGGCUGGUCAACACAUCAAGUAGCCGUGGAAUGGGCGACUGGUGCACUAGCACUACUUGCUCUUCUGUCUGCGUUUUGCUACUCGUUUACGCCAGGCACCCUGGCACCCUUCCGUCUUUUCGAUCUUCUUUAUCUAUAUCAAUGGACUGCAUCAACAGCACUCCUGGAUCUUAACUAUUCCUCAGUCUAUCGGGCAUUUACAACCAACUUUGCAUGGGCGAUGUGUUUAUUCCCCGCGUCCGCGACCUCUCCUAUUCAGACUUCCAUCAACAACAUGCGUCACCUCACCGGAGGCAACAUGGCCGAUGCCACUGGAGGUUCUGCGGUCGCUCUCGUGAACCGCAAACUCAGCCCAUACAAUGCCAUGUCUUCAUCAACUUUUUCUGCUUCUUCGGAUCAAUAUGCGGGCAUCGGCACAGAGAACCUUUGGGCGUCUUUCAAUACGAGUUCGGCUAAUUAUGUCUCGGACAUCUCCGUCGCCUCUGUUCAAGAGCUCUCCGCCGCUGGCGAUGUACAACUUGUGACACCGUCAUCUGCCAAUGUCCUACAGGCCGGUGUACCUAUCUAUGUCAACUCUGUUGGCAUUGCCACGGCUAACUCUUUCAUGACCGUCUUCCUGGUCGUCUUGAUGAUCGCUGCGACAUUGCUUGCAGUCCUCUUCAUCGGUUAUUGCGUCCUUGCCGCAACAUCUCGGUACAGACGACGGACAGGAAGGUACAUUGCUGACUGGCAUCAUCGAUAUCUUUCAUUUGCCCGUGCCUGGCUGUUGCGCGUUUGCCUGAUAGUAUUUACUCCAGUGACAAUAUUUGCGUUCUAUCAGUGGACGCUCAAGGAUUCAUGGUUGUCUAUAUUCCUUUCAGUGAUUUUGUUCCUUGCGGUGGUUGGCUACAUCUUAUAUUCUAUCGUCCUCGUACAUCGCCUGGCCCUUCGUUCAGCACCCUCUGAACUGUAUAUGCAACCUGAUCUCCUAGCUUCUCAUGGUCCUCUGUACGCCAUAUACCGCUUGGAGCGAUUUUACGCGACUACUCCCUUGAUAUUGGCGAUUUUCGUGAAGGCUCUUUUUAUCGCCUUUUCUCAAGUCAAUGGUGUCGUGCAAAUCGUCGCAAUCCUCGUUGUAGAAUGCAUGGUCCUUGCCUCUCUAUUAGUCCUUCGGCCGCACAAAUCAAGAGGUGCUGAUGUCCUUGCAACUUACCUGGCGAUUACCAGAGUACUUUGCACUGGUCUCAUGAUCGCUUUUUUGGAGAGCCUAAACCUAGGGGCAAUACCUCGCGUUGUGAUCGGCAUUGUGAUAGCUGUUAUCAUUUCGGUUGCGGUCAUUGUCAUGUUUAUCAACACGCUCGUGAACAUGGGCAUCAUGAGACUUGUCCCGGCACACUAUAGACGGCGGCCGGGUGCCACACCUGGUAGUUUGGAUAUGGAGAAGGGUGCUGAAAAUGACGAGAAAGACUGGCGGCCGCGGAAUCCCACGCCGGAGCGGAACAUUCCUCUGGACCCUGAUGUCAACCAACCAUAUCCUGAUAGUCCUUCCCAGACUUUGACAGACCAUCAGAGUGUCUAUUCAGAAGAAUCAGGGUCAACAACGCUAGGUUCACUGCUCCCACGGCGGUGGUCAAUCCAACAAUCUCAACCCUCAAAUCGCUCGCGGUCCAACUCUCAAUCGCAGUACUCGACGAGUCAAUCAAAUUAUUCACCCUCUCGGUCCAAUCAUAUAUCAAAUGCAUCAUCACCGCGGCAGUCCAUACCGCCUUCGCCGCUGCACACACAAUCACCAUCGCAUAGCAGACAGCCCACUAUAGACGAGCACCCUCCAUUUCCAUAGACGUUCUUUUUCCCCUUUAGAUCAUGUUCCAUAGAGUCCAAGCACUUUCGCCGCUUCUCGCAUUGCAUAUAAUGAACAUUCUUCAUCUCAUUUCACUCGCAUUCACUCACUCAUUUGGACAAAUCUGGUAAUGCAUGUAGAUAGUUCAUGAUAUAUGAAUCAUGAUUCACUGUCACCUUACUUAUCCUUAUUUUGUUAAUGUUGCUUUUGUUAGAGUCUUAUGGGUAAAUAUUCGGUGUCGACCUAGUAAUAUAUCUCCAUGUAAUUUAGUCUUAGACAGACUAGACGAAUGAAGACAAACGUUCCUUCUA